UGUGUUUAAAGUGUAGCUAAGUUAGUCGUGUCUGUGCCCAAGAUAGGACAGGAGUCCGUUUCAAUUUUGACACCGCAUACUAUUUUUAAAUUAAAAAAUGUUUAACGUUGAUAGCGUCGCUAGGACAGCUCUGCAGAGGCGUCGCUGCAGAGAGGCUGAAAGACAAGAAAGGAUUUUUAAUGACAAAAUGAGGACGGUCGGGGUUGACACGGAAGCCUUAAACAUGCAGAUAAAGGAAAAAGAGAAACAAGAAGAGGCAGCAAAAGAGGAACAAAACGCUUAUGAUGCUGAUAUGCUCCAUAAUAGCAAAGUAGCUUGCCUCCUCCAAAGCAGAGAAGCGAAGGAGAAGCGUGCGAUGGAGAAGGCCAUCGUUGACUACCGGCAUCAGUACCAGCAGCCUCGGUGCCAGCAGGAGUAUGACCUGACCGACCCAGACCACUGUAGAAAAACAGACCUGGGUGAUGCACAGAUGAUGCCCCCUGGCCUGCUGGGCGAGGACCCCGACAGUGAGAGCAGGCGACGGAGGCAGAGGGAGCAGCUCAGAGAGUGGCUCAUCCAGCAGCAAAGUGAGCUGGCAGCAGAAAGGCAUCAACGAAAGAUUGAGGAGCAACGCUAUGACCAAAGCAGAGUAGACAUGGACAACAAAGCUCUGCAGCUUCAGAGCACUGAGACGGAGAGGAGAAAAGCAGCAACUUUAGCCACUAAAGAGUACAAUCUGGCCAAGAUUGAAGAGAAGCGUCACCAGGUAGAGGAACACAAUGAUGAGGGUGUAGAUGUGGAACCCACCCUGGGCAUGGUGGGAGUGCCCGGUCUUUGUCCCAGCAGUGAUAGGAGAGCCCCCCCGGAGAGCCUGCAGCACAUCAUCCAGUUCCAGAAAUAUCAAAUCGAGGAGAAAAAGAGAGUAGAACUAGAGAGAAAGCGAGAAGAGGAACAACAUGAUCGUGUCCGCUUGGACUCGGCUCGCACAGCUUUGUUAAUAGAGAGGAAGCAGGCAAGACUGAACAAGCAGCUGAGACGACACUUGGACAGCACCAACGUCAAGCUGGCCGAAAUACACAAACAACAGAAACCGGACAUUGAAAGAGGAUGCAUUGACGACAGCUUCUUCUCCAAAUUCAACACCUGCAGCAGAUGAUGGAAGGCAUGCUGCACUGACGACUGGCUCAUUACAGCGGCUGAGCACUGACAAUGGUGCUACGUGAGAAGAACACUGAAUAAACGGAAGCACACAGUAAA